AUGUCGACAUUCAAUCCACUCAAUGCAAUUCCUUCAGCAUUGAGAGAUAUCAAUUUGAACCCGUUGAAUCUAAAUUUGAAUCCGUUGAAUUUGAAUCUCAAUGAUUUGAAUCCACUUAAUUCCGAACGUAGAGACAGAGUUGCAAACUUUUUUCAACAUGGUUCCGAUGACUUUAAUAAUAGAGUACAUAAUGUAGUACAAAAUAUUAGAUCAAAUGAUUAUAAGAAAAAGAUGCACAAGGUGCUAACAAAAAUCAAGGACACCAAGGAGUAUAAAGCGACAUCGAUGGCCGACUACGAUGUAGUUUUCGAAUCGGUCGAUAUGUAUUCAAACUUGCAGUCGGAUCCAACGAUGGAGAGUGAUGAAAUCGAUCAGAUCAAAGACUUCAAGUCGUACAGACGUCGUGUCCAACAUUGGUUCAAGAAGGAGCGUAUCUCUACGUUGUUGUUCAUCCCACUACUCGGUAUUAUCAUUGCCGGUAUGGGUCUGCUAUGUGAUGAAACAUUGAACAAACUCAAUAUUCUACGUCUGCAGUUGAUGGGUGAAGACAAACCAGAGUACGGUCUGCGCAACGGUCUUAUCUAUGUUACCUAUUGUACGGUUCUUUCUUUUAUUUCGGUGUCUUGUAUCUCCUUUAUCAGUCCUUAUGCAGUGGGUUCGGGAAUUCCAGAGAUGAAAUCGAUUCUCUCGGGUAUCAAUCUCUCGAGAGUGCUCGGUUGGAAAACACUGCUUUCCAAGCUGAUAGGAAUGAUUGCUGCAACUGCCGCCGGUCUGACCAUCGGUAGAACCGGUCCUUUCAUGCACGCCUCGGCUAUUGUGGCACACCAAAUGAUGGAACUCAAGAUAUUCUCAAACAUCAAGAAGAAUCAGAUCGUAAAGUAUCAGAUGUUUAUCUGUGCGUUGGCCUCUGGUGUAGUCGCCAAUUUCGGUGCGCCAAUCGGUGGAUUGUUGUUCGCCAUUGAAAUCACAGCGACCAAUUGUAUCUUUGGUAAUCUAUGGAAAGGAUUCCUCUGUGCCACCACCACAACUAUCAUUUUCUACCUCACUAGACCGUUGGUAGGUAGCUAUGCCUUCUCUGUGUACACGGUCGACUCUAAAGAUCUGCCAUCAAAGUACUCACUGAUCGAUAUCUCACUGUUCAUUGCAAUCGGAAUUGUCUGUGGUUUGAUUGGUGCACUCUUUGUAUUCCUCUAUGAGAAGAUCGUCAGAUUCCGUUUGCGUUAUCCACUACUAAAGCAGUCGCGUAUCGGUCUGGUCGUUACCAUUGCCAUCCUCUCGUCGGCGAUCACCUACGCUUCAGGUCCACUCGCGCGUAUUCCAUUCUCUGCUGCGAUGAAGCAAUUCAUUGCUCAUCCAGACCAGGAGCCAGUUCCCUACUUGUUCCCGGCGGGCAAGACCGAUCCCUUCUGGAAUGGUGUCUACAAUCUGCUCGUCUAUAUCGGAUGCAAACUAUUCUUGACAGCAUUCAACAUCACCAUUCCAAUUCCUGGUGGUGCAAUCACACCUUUCAUUGUAACAGGUGCAGCCAUCGGUAGACUGCUCGGAAAGAUCUUCUUGCACUACAAGAUAUCCGAAGUAUCGGUAGUAGGUUUUGCUGUGAUUGCAUCGGCAGGACUUGUAUCUGGAACAACAAGAGCACUCUCACCAGCCAUCUUUGUACUUGAACUCACUGGACAGCUAUCACUUUUGAUGCCAGUAUUGAUUUGUUCGAUCACCUCAUCUGCAGUUGGUAACUUUUUCAACAAACCACUAUUUGACACUGCUCUCAAAAUUCAAGGUUUACCAUUCCUAUCUAGUUUUAGAAGUGAAAAAGUAUAUUCAAUGACAGCUAAACAAAUAAUGCAAACCAAUAUAAAUUACUUGGCUAUGAGCAGUACUGUUAAAGAGAUUAAAGAGUAUCUUGAAAAGUUUAAAUAUACUUAUAUUCCAGUUGUUGAUACAAAAGAUCAUAUGGUAUUAAUUGGUAUGGCAGAAAGAUCUAGUUUAAGAGAUUUAAUCGAUACACAUAUCAUUAUAGUUGAAGAGGAGUUGGAAAAGAUACACAGACACUCACCACACAUGGAUGGUGUCCAUAGAGAGGUUGGAUCUAUUAUAACCACCUCUGAACAACUACCAUCACAGGAGGAGAGUGAUAGUGAUGACGACAAACAACUCUUGAUACCUUCUAGUGACAGUAUCAACAACGACAAUGAUAAUGACAAUAGCACUGAAUACCAAAACAUUGAAUUGGCCGACAAUUCAUAUGAAUCAGAUCCAAAGAUUGAUCAAUAUUACAAUACAGAAGUCAUCAAAGAGAAAUAUUCAGAUGAUGAAAAUGAAGCUGAAGCUGUUAAUCAAGACGACGAAAGAAACGGUUUAAUUGAAAUGAAUAAUUUAGAUAACAAUAAUAAUAAUAACAAUGAGUCAACUCUAAGAAAGAGACAUAUAGAUAAUAAUAAUAAUAAUAAUGAAAAUAACAAUAUAAACAAUAUAAACAAUAAUAAUGAAAUAGGCUUGGAGAUGGAAGUAGAUGGAGCAGCUACACACAGGGGUGAAGCUAUAUGGUCAACUCAUAUGCUAGGUGACAUCAUCGAGAGUGGUGAGAGCGCCUUGUUGAUGGAUUUCGCACCCUCACAAAUACCAGAUGAAAUACCAAUGAACAAAGUAUUCCAUUUGUUCACAAUGCUAGGUCUUAGUUUUACCUAUGUUACAUCAAUGGGUAAAUUGGUUGGUGUAAUCACUAAAACAGAUUUGAUAGCAAAAGAAUUAUAA